AUGGCACAAGUAGAAGCAAUUCCUCCUCCUCCUCCUCCUCCUCCUCCUCCUCCUUCUGAUACUAAUUUAAAUGAUCCUGAGCAAAUACUGUCUGCUAAAGAGCGUCGUCGUUUAGCUUUAGCUGAUAUUGAUAAUGCCAAGUUUGGCUGGUUUCAUGUUCGAGCAUGUAUUGUGUCUGGUAUUGGUUUCUUUACAGAUGCUUAUGAUAUCUUUGCCAUCAACUUGGUCUCUAUCAUGAUCGGUUACGUCUAUUGGCCCAAUGAAGGCAACAAAACCCCUCAUGAUGUCGAUACAGCUAUCAAAGUCUCUUGUUCUGUAGGCACUGUUGUUGGUCAACUCUUGUUUGGUUAUUUGGCUGACCAUGUAGGCCGUAAACGGAUGUAUGGUGUUGAAUUGAUGAUUAUCAUCAUUGGCACCAUUGGACAAACAUUAGCAGGCAAUGCAUUUGCUGCUUCCUUCUGGGCUGUUAUUACUUUUUGGCGUAUUUUGGUGGGCAUUGGUAUCGGUGGUGAUUAUCCUCUUUCUUCUGUCAUUACUGCCGAAUUUGCUACUACUCGACAUCGUGGUGCUAUGAUGGCUGCUGUCUUUGCCAUGCAAGGUAUUGGUCAAGUCACAGCAAGUCUAGUGGGUUUAAUUACAACAGCAGCUUACAAGAGUGCUAUCGAAUCAGAUCAACAAUAUCUUGACUAUGUGUGGCGUAUUGUGGUUGGUAUUGGUGCCAUUCCUGGUCUAUGUGCUCUUUAUUAUCGCCUCACGAUUCCUGAAACACCACGCUAUACCAUGGACAUUGAAAACAAGUUUGAACAAGGCCUAACUGAUGCUAAAGCCUUUAUUUCUACUGGAGCCAGAGCAGGUGACUAUCAGCCUGAAUCCAUAGAGACAAAACAAGAGAUUCCGAAGGCUUCUUGGGCAGACUUCCGUCGUCAUUUCAGUCAAUGGCGAUAUGGCAAAGUAUUGCUUGGUACUGCUUAUUCUUGGUUUGCUCUUGAUGUUGCUUGGUAUGGCCUUGGUCUUAAUAACUCGAUUAUUCUUCAGAAUAUUGGAUUUUCAGGUGGUCCUGAUGCUUACAAUGCUGUAUUUAAGGCCUGUGUCGGUAAUCUAAUUAUCAAUUUGCUUGGAUCUGUCCCAGGUUACUGGAUUACUGUCUUUACAGUAGAUAAAAUAGGCCGUAAAACCAUUCAAAUCAUGGGCUUCACAGUCUUGACUAUCAUGUUUAUCAUCCUUGGCUUUGGCUACCAUGCAAUUAUCAAUACUUCUGUGGCCUUAUUCAUUGUACUCUUUACCAUCACGCAAAUCUUUUUCAAUUUUGGUCCUAAUUCGACCACAUUUAUUGUUCCUGGCGAAUGCUUCCCUACACGCUAUCGAUCCACAGCCCAUGGUAUUUCUGCUGCUUCUGGUAAAAUAGGUGCUAUUGUUGCCCAAGUUGGAUUUGGACUCUUGAAAGAUAUUGGUGGUAGUAAUGCAUGGAUUGAUCAUUUACUAGAGAUCUUUGCGUUCUUUAUGCUCACAGGUCUAUUGUCUUCUUUCCUUAUUCCAGAAACAAAGGGCAAGUCUCUAGAAGAACUAAGUGGUGAUUAUGAUGAAGACAUCAAGAAGGAUACACUUUCCAAAAAUGAGUCCUUUUAAGACAAUCAAAGUAGUUAUAUAUAUAUAUAUAUAUAUAUAUGUGUGUGUGUGUGUGCUUUAAUUUAGCAUUCAUUCAAAUCUAAUUAAGGAAACCAGUAUGUAGGUUUUCUCUAUUUAAAAUAAAC